AUGGAGAAAGCAACGCUAAUGUCGGCCGCCCUUUUCUCUCUCCACACGGUUGUACCCCUGCUGCUUCUCAGCUCCAGCUGCCCGACCCUCGGCUCCUCUGUCGCCGCCUCCGGGGCUGCUCUGCGCCGCCCUGGCGAGCCGAGCUUCCCGUACAGCAGCAUCUUCUCCCCGCUGCUCAGAGCCCUGUCCGAGCACGGGGGGCCCAGCUGGGGCCGGGGCCUCAGGAAGAAGAAGAGGCCCGAGCACCGGUACGUGAAAUAUCUGACCGAGGUUUACAAGCCGUCCUCCAGGGUGCAGAGGAGUCUGGACGGGAGCACGACCUACAACACGGUGCGACUGAUCAAGCCCCAAGAUGAAUGUCUUGCACGAAGUAAUAAAGAGAGUUGUAUGCAGGACCUUUCCUACAGUCUUGAUCAAGUAAGAACAAAAGAACAGCUCCUCAAGUCGGCUCUGCUGUACAAUUUUGACCAUGACGGCCUAGCAUCCAUAAACUCUGUUUGCUACCUGAGUGUCAAGGAGCAGGAGCAUUCAAACCAUUGUCUGCUGUGUCCCGUAAUCCACCAUCCUGUCAACUUCACAACGGACGCUCACAGGAGGAGCAGAAAGGACUGGGUGGAGGUUGACAUCACCUCAUUUGUUCUGCCUCUCUUAAAUUUCCAGAAGAAAAACAUACAACUGCUCAUCAACGUUACCUGUCCAGAGGAACAAAGAGUCAGGGGCGAUGGGAGUAAAGGUCCACUGGAGUUCACCCUGAGGCCCCCUUCUCUGCUUCUUUAUCUCCAUGACGCCAGCAAAACCAAGCAACAGAAGUCCCUGGUCGAUGCCAAAGCGAGCUUGAAGCCAAACACUGCAGCGAAUGAAAUUCAUAAGCAGAUGGUGCUCAAAUCAGAACAAAGGAUUGGGCGUAGAUGGAAGAGGCAAUGUCUGAAGAGCAAAGAAGGUGAUAAAGCCCUGCCUGGGCUGCUCCCGGUCUCUGUAUUCCCAACAAGUCACUGUGCCUUGUAUGACUUUAGGGUGCGAUUCAGCCAACUCAAACUGGACAGCUGGAUUGUUUUUCCUCCAAAGUACAACCCCAGAUACUGCAGAGGCGUCUGCCCAAGGAACAUGGGCUUCAUCUACGGCUCACCAAUCCAUACCAUGGUGCAAACCAUCAUCUAUGAGGAGCUAGACCCCUCUGUGCCCCGGCCCUCGUGUAUUCCCUCCCACUACAGCCCGCUGAGUGUCAUGAUGUUUGAGAAGGACGGAUCCUACGUCUACAAGGAGCUUGAAGACAUGGUUGCCACCAGGUGCACGUGUCGCUAG